AUGCCGCCGCGUACCACGCCCACUGCUGCAGCGGCUGCCAGCGCAGCCAGUCCGGCACACGCCAGCAGCGCCAUUUCCGCACUGCCAGCAAUCCGCGGCGUGGCCGCUGCGCUCCACUGCGCGUGCGAGCACUGCUUGCCGCGGACGCUCCUCCUCCGCGGCCUGCUGCGGAAGUGGGCCGGCUCGGGGCAGCCAGGACGGAGCACCGCAGAGCACGCGUUGAAGGCGGAGCUCCCUGCAGGCUCUGCUGUUGGGCACGGGGGCCCGCAGAUGCGAGGGCUCGCGGCCUUCACGCUGUACGCGCCCCCGGACGCGCCGGCGUGGGGCAAGUCGCAGGGCACGUUCCCGAGCGUGUCCUUCGCGAACCUGACGGCCAAGGACCCGAAGGCGCCCGUCGGGAUUACCCCCGAGAGCGCGGGCCUGGAGGUCGUGCUGAUCAGCGAUGCCGACUACAGCAGGCUGCCAGGCCUGGGCCUCGGCUGCCCCGCCCAGAAGCGGCUGCAGUGGCCGGAGGGCGUGCCGGUAGCGAGGCUCCCCAUCCCGCUCAACGGGGGCGUCGCCAGCUCCAGCCCGGUCAACAUCACCACGACUGGUAUCUACUACCUGGUGUUCGCCAACUGCGAGAACACCACGGGGGCCGAGAUCCAGAUCGGCGGCGCUGUCGUGGUGAGAAAUCCUUUCGGCUUCUUGACCGCCAUCGACUUCCACAAGCAGACCGUCUACGGCUGGGUGUCGGUCACGUAUGUGGUGCUGGCGAUCAUCUGGGCCGGGCUCUGUAUGACGUGGCAGGAGGAGCUCAUCACGAUUCACGCGAUCGUGGGCGUGACAAUCAGCAUCGGCUUGAUCGAGGCAAUCUCCUGGUACUUCUGCCUCGAGUUCGUUAACACCUACGGGGAAGUGGCCGACAACACCAAGUGUGUCAUGGUGAUGAUCACGGUGCUGAAGACCUACACGGCCUACACCUUCGUCGUGGUGCUCUCCCAGGGUUGGCGGAUGACCGAGGAAACCAUAGACAACUGCACGCUGUGGAAGAUGGCCGUGGUGGGACUCAUGUGGGUCCUCAUCGCCUACAUGCACGAGGGGGCCAUGGCAAACCGGCACAGCUUCCACAUCGCCGCGAAGAUGAUGGUGGCCACGGCGAUCGCCGCCUUCGCCGCCAACGUAGUGUACUUCGCCUGGAUUUUCGCGUCCCUCCGCGGCCUGAAGGAGGGGCUCAGGGAGCGAGGCCUCACCGACCAGCUGAAGGCGGUCUCCACAUUCGCCAACGCCCUCGUCGUCGCGGCCGUCCUGGGGUGCCUCGGAGGGGCGCUCCAGAUCAUGGACAGCGCGGACAGCCUCCACGUAUCCUGGAAGUACCAGUUCUUCGCCGACGGCGGCCUCCCGAACCUGAUACACACGGGCAUGGUCCUCGUUGCGAUGUGGGCGUGGAUGCCCUCGGCGGGCUCGGGGCACAUGGGCUACGGCGGGGUCGGGGCGACCGAAGACCAGGAGGACAGCGCCGUCUGGAGGGACGAGGCCGACGAGGAGAUGAUCGAGGGCGGCAACAAGGUCGCCCCUGCCACUGUCGGGGCCGCGGCGAACGACGACCUCUGA